GCGCGCUGCUCGCCGCCUGCCGGGCGGCCGAGCCCGCGGCGGGGAGCAGCAGCCGGCGGCGGCGGCUGAGCGCCGAGGAAGGCAUCUCCUUCGAGUACCACCGCUACGCCGAGCUGCGGGAGGCGCUGGUGGCCGUGUGGCUGCAGUGCCCGGCCAUCAGCAGGAUCUACACGGUGGGGCGCAGCGCCGAGGGCCGCGAGCUGCUGGUCAUCGAGGUGUCCGACCGGCCCGGCGAGCACGAGCCCGGAGAGCCAGAAUUUAAAUAUGUUGGGAAUAUGCAUGGGAAUGAAGCUGUUGGAAGGGAGCUGCUCAUCUUCUUGGCUCAGUACUUGUGUAAUGAAUACCAGAAAGGCAACGAAACUAUUAUCAACCUGAUCCACAGCACACGUAUCCAUAUCAUGCCAUCUUUGAAUCCGGAUGGCUUUGAGAAGGCAGCAUCCCAGCCCGGUGAACUUAAAGACUGGUUUGUUGGUCGAAGUAAUGCCCAGGGGAUAGAUCUAAACCGAAAUUUCCCUGAUCUGGAUAGGAUAGUCUAUGUUAAUGAGAAGGAAGGUGGCCCAAACAAUCACCUCCUGAAAAACAUGAAGAAAGCUGUGGACCAGAAUCCCAAGCUUGCUCCUGAAACAAAAGGUGUCAUUCACUGGAUUAUGGAUAUUCCCUUUGUGCUCUCUGCCAAUCUUCAUGGAGGAGACCUUGUUGCAAAUUACCCUUAUGAUGAGACUCGGAGUGGCAGUGCUCAUGAAUACAGCUCCUGCCCCGAUGAUGCUAUUUUUCAAAGCCUGGCUCGCAGUUACUCUUCUUUAAACCCCGCUAUGUCUGAUCCAAACAGACCACCGUGUCGUAAAAAUGAUGAUGACAGCAGCUUUGUGGAUGGAACGACGAAUGGUGGUGCGUGGUACAGUGUCCCAGGAGGUAUGCAGGAUUUCAAUUACCUCAGCAGCAACUGCUUUGAAAUCACAGUGGAGCUUAGUUGUGAAAAAUUCCCACCUGAAGAAACUCUGAAGGGCUACUGGGAGGACAACAAGAACUCCCUCAUCAAUUACAUUGAGCAGAUUCACCGAGGAGUGAAGGGUUUUGUUAAAGAUCUUCAGGGCAAUCCAAUAGCAAAUGCUACAAUUUCUGUGGAGGGAAUAAGCCAUGACAUUACGUCAGCCAAGGAUGGUGAUUACUGGAGACUGCUUGUGCCUGGAAACUACAAACUCACAGCCUCAGCACCAGGUUAUCUAGCAAUAACUAAAAAAGUAGCUGUGCCCUUUAGUCCUGCUGUUGUGGUUGAUUUUGAACUGGAGUCGUUGUCUGAAAGAAAAGAAGAGGAGAAAGAAGAGUUGAUGGAAUGGUGGAAGAUGAUGUCAGAAACACUAAAUUUUUAAAUGAAGAUUUGGGCUUUACAGCUUUGAAUCUAUUAUAUGUUGACUUAGUAUAAUGUACUGUGGAAAGUCCCUAUAUUUUAGAUUUUGUGCACUUCACAAUAUUUAACUUCGAUUUUUUCAGUCAUCUUUUGAUUAAUAUGAUUAAAAAUAAAUACUAAACACCUAGCUAGAUACAUAAGUUAUUAAUUUUCUUUCAUAUUGUUAUAGAAAAUUUACUCUAAUAUACAAAUCAGAAAAAAAAAUGAGUGAAUGUCUCUGCAGCCUAUAUGGAAGUACAAUCUUGUGUAUUAUGUACAAGUUCAGGAUGUGUAUGUUAAAUUUUGAUUUAAGAAAAAAUAAAUAAAAUGCUGUAGUCAGUUCCCAAUACCGCCAGAAAUAUUUGACAUAUUUGCAUAGUAGUAGACAGUGCUCUUUACUGAGUUCUAUACUGAGUGUUAUUGAAAAGAUUUAUAAUAGCAAUGUGGUGGUGUAAUUAUUAAAAUACAGUAUAACAUUUUGUAUGUCUCUGGUAUUGGGACUGUUCAAAUAUGUAAGAACCAUAAACUUCUGACUUCAUUUCAGUAAGCAGAAAGAAUCUUCAUUAACUCUUUUAUUAAAGAUGGCAUGAAAUGAAUUCAAGAAUGAACAGUUUUUUUCUUAAACUGUUAAUGAUAUCUCAAGAUCAGGUUUAAAUUAUUUCUCAUUAUUUACUAACCAAAUUAAAAAUUCUGAGUGGAUGAAGAAGAAAAGCUUGUGCAUAUUGUUAAUAUGCUGCUUAUGUUUGUUUUCCAGCAAGAAAAAAGGAAUUUCAGAUCAUAUCGGUUCAAAUUAUAUACCUGCUUUUUCAACAGACUUCAAAUGUAUCAGUGCUGUCUAGCUAAUCCGCUGAAAGUUUGUAUGGUCACUGAAAGAACUGUUUUGUUUGGUUCCAACUUUAUUUCUUCUGUUAGUCUUACUGGGAUCUAGAUGCAAGGCAGAUAAUUGAAAAUUUUAUUAGUAGUGAAAUUUGACCAAAAAAGUAGUUUCAAUUAAAAAAAAAAAUCUUUCUUCCUCCUUUCCUUUUUCUUUUUUUUUUCUUUUUUUAGAGUAUAGUAUACUUGAAUUAACUUGCUUUGGUAUUUUGUCUAAGUUGAGUGAAAAUUGUGAAGUCAGAGAAUUACAACAUGAACUCUAGUGGGUGCAAGUACGAUUCUUCUGAAACUGCUGCUUUAUAUCAACAAAGCAUCUUAUCUGUUUGAAAGUUUUGACACUAUUGCUGCUCUAUUUUAAUUCAAGAUCGGAUAUUUGAUAUGGAUUUCCUUCCUCUGUCUGUGUUUUGAUGAGCGUAUUAUUUUAGCUGAUGUUGUAGAAGUUCAGUACCAUUUAGAAUCAACCAGCAAUGCAUUAUCAUGUUCCCACCUUAAGUGAAAAAUCACAUUUCCAGGAGUAGGAUCCAAAUUUAUCUCCUUGGAGUAUUUAAAUAUCUACUGAAAAAUAUUGUUUUUUGACAAUUUGAUAUUCUUUAGUAAAAACAGUACUCGAUCCUUUGCAGUAAAAAUUUAACCACACAUGGGUAGAUUGAACAGCAAUAAGAAGGAAUACACUAUCUGGUCAAGAAUUUACUCUGAAACCUGUAGAUUGUUCAGUUGUUAGGUGCUGAACUGCAGCCCUUGGGGAAACUUAACAUGCUGUUAUCCAGUGGUGACCUUUGAAUCUCCAGUGUGAGGAGGAGCCUCUGUGUCAAACCAAGAACCUUACCUGUGCACAUCUUGGGAACAGCCUAGGCAAGCUGGGCCCAUGAGCAUGCAUGGAUGAAGGAUGCCUGGUUGCACCAGCUUAGCUGUGCACACAGUGAUAAUUGGAAAGAUUAAGGCACAUAGCCCAAAACACAUCUCGUGUCUGGAAGUGGUGAUACUGUUUUCAGCAAAACCAGGUGAAACUGAAGCAAGCAGUAUAAAAAUUAAAGAGACCACUGGCAUAUGGGCAACUGGCUACAGUUGUGUUUCUGGCCUGUAAACUAAUGUAAUGAGGCAAAUGUGUAUUUAUGCUCUGCCCCUUCCAAACCUUACAAUAUCAACCCAAACAGUAUUACUGUGUGGUGCAAUGCCUGUUAUGCAUCUGGUUUUCCUGUGUGGUGGAUUGUAUGACAUAGCUAGUGCAGACAUUGCAUCAAACUGAUCUCAUAAAACAUUUCUCACCCUUACUUGUAGUAACGUGAGAUUCUCUAGUCUACUGUUUUGUGCAUUGACAAUGAAAUGUGUUUUCCCAUAAAUGUUUUGCUUUAGGUGACUGCUUGCUAUUACUGUGCUGAGAACAGGUUACAGUAAUUAACUGUUAUAACACCAGAACCACUGCUACUGUUCUUGUUGUAGGUAAACAUCCUUCAGAGCAGCGUAGCCAGGAUUCUCAGUGAAUUAUGUAGCUUUCCUAGCUGAACUGAGCUGUGUUGCAGGGCUGUGUAUGUUUAAAUGGAAGAUUAAAGUGUUGUGUGAUGCUGAGCUUUUGGUUUAAAAGGCACAUGCUGUACUAUUGUACAAUAAAUCUACAGGUUUAUUUAAAACUUAA